AUGAAGCUAUCCCUGGUCCCAGAUAUCAGUGGCGCGUUCACGUGCCCCUUCUCGCCCAAUCCUCAGCACCAGCCGUCACAAGAGGUGCCUAUGGGAAAGGGGUAUGAGGUUUUUGAUGCAGAGCUUAUGGGUGUGGCUUCGGCAUUAGAAUGGGCGUUAGAGAGGCACCUUGAAGGGCCGAUUUACGUCCUUCUAGAUGCUCAGGCUGCCAUUAACCGCCUCCAAUCGACGGCCCCCGGCGCCGGACAGUCCCUAGCGCUCAGAGCCUAUGGGGCUGCUUCUCGGCUUGCUCGUAGCGGUCGUCCAGUAACGAUACAGUGGGUGCCUAGGCACAGCGGAGUGGAAGGAAAUGAGCAAGCUGACCAGGCUGCUAAACGUGCCUCUAUUAGGCCAGUUGGACUAGGCUCUGAGGGCCUGUCAUUAGCCUUCGUUAGGCGUGCCUGCACCGAGGCGAGGAGGAAAGCGGUGGAGGAUUGGGCCCGCGAGAACGCCGUACAAGGAGCUCAUCGGCGUGGAAGGGCCUAUAAGUGUCGGAAACUUCGGUCAAACUACCGUCGAGUAUAUCUCGGAUAG